AUGAAGAUGUCAAAAGCUGCACCCAAGAAGCCAGCAGCCCCUCCCCCACCGGGAUGCACCCUGGACAUUAAUGAUCCUCAGGUGCAGAAUGCCGCCAUCCGCAUCCAGGCUUCCUAUCGUGGGCACAGGUCUCGCAAGGAACUGAAAGAGAAAGGCCCUCCGCGGGUACUACAGAACCUCAAAGAUGUUAUGCUGAUAGAAGGGAGUGCAGCCAAGUUGGAAUGUCGCAUCAGUGCCUUCCCUGACCCCUUUAUCCGCUGGUCCAAAGAUGGUGUGGAACUCAAGGAUGGGCCCAAGUACCGCUAUGUCUUUGAGGAUCCUGACAUUGUGGCCUUGGUGGUGCGUGACGCAGCCCUUCCUGACCUGGGCAAGUACUCCAUCUCUGUGAAGAAUCCCUUUGGAGAGUGCUCCGACUCAGCUCGACUCCUCAUAGAAGUACCUGCCAAGAUAGAGAAAGGCCCAGAAAACGUAAAGGCCAAGAAAGGCAGCACAGUCAAUUUGACAGCUCAUAUCAGUGGGGAGCCAGCCCCAGAUGUUGGCUGGGCCAAGGAUGGGGAGGAUAUUGAAGAGGAUGAUCGAGUGUACUAUAACAUUGGCAGUGACUCAACAACUCUCACCAUCAAGAAGGUGACGCCAGCUGAUGCUGGGAAGUAUGAGAUCUUCGUGGAGAACAGCCUGGGCAUGGACCAGUCCUUUGCACGCCUUGAUGUGAACUAAGCUCCCGUCUCCCCACAGCCUGACCCACCUCCAAAGGAACUCUCCAUCUCAUGGUCCAGAAUAUUGUAUUGCCUCACCAGGAACCUGGCUUGACAAAGGGGAUGGCAUUACUCAGCUUUCACAGCUGGGGAAUGCAAACUAAAAACAAAUCAACUGGAGCAAUAGGGAUAUUUUGUGCCCCUGCACCCCAGAGCCUGGCUACAUCUCUCACUGCUGCAUUGUCUCUUUCACUUGCAUUGUACAGCUUCAAUGAGGGUACAACUUUUCCCUAACUUGCUGGCAAGAGCAACCCCCUCCCCCUACUCUGCUCCAGGGCUCAAUCCAUUUCUUGGGCAGGCAGGGCUAUCAGCCUACCGAUAGCUUUGCCAUAAACACGUCACAAGCAGUGGUCCCUGAAAAGCCAUCUGGGUGGGGGCAUGAAAGGGGCAGCGCAGACAUUACUCGCCAGUGGUCUUUCCCCAGUGCUGCCAAGAGAGUCAGCCAUCCCAGAAGCCUCCAGAUUCUUCUGGACCCAUCUUCUUGCUCGAUGAACUAAAUAAAACCAAAUGAUUCUA